GCAUCUCUCUCUCUCGCGCGCGCCGCCCUUCCCAGCGCCGUCGGCUGCCGCUCCUCCCCUCCACCGCCGCCUCUGCUCCGCCCGUCCUCGCGCCGUCUCGACCGCUGCGGCUUCGUCUCUCCCCAUUGUCCGUCCCCUCUCAACGCACUCUACGACGGACCGAUGACUUGACGGAUCUGGGGGUUUGUCUAGGGUGGGUGAACGGAAGGGGAUGGAGUUCACGGAGUCGUUCAAGCAGACGGGCCCGUGCUCCUUCUCCCCCGACUCGCGCUUCCUUGCUAUUGCCGUAGACUACCGUCUCGUCGUCCGCGACGUACUCUCACUGAAGGUGGUACAAUUAUUUUCAUGCGUGGACAAGAUAAGCUCUGUAGAAUGGGCACCAGAUUCAGAAUACAUUUUAUGUGGACUUUACAAGCGACCCAUGGUGCAAGCUUGGUCACUGAGUCAACCUGAUUGGACCUGCAAGAUUGAUGAAGGUCCAGCAGGGAUUGCAUAUGCUCGCUGGAGUCCUGACAGUCGUCAUAUAUUAACUACAUCUGAGUUUCAGCUCCGUCUCACUGUGUGGUCUCUCGUAAAUACAGCAUGCGUACAUGUCCAGUGGCCAAAACAUGGUUCUAAAGGUGUUUCUUUCACCAAAGACGGGAAAUUUGCUGCAAUCUGUACCAGACGUGAUUGCAAGGAUUACAUUAAUUUACUAUCAUGUCACUCUUGGGAAAUAAUGACUGUCUUUGCUAUUGACACGGUAGACUUAGCUGGUGUUGAAUGGUCACCAUAUGAUAGUGCUAUUGUUGUUUGGGAUUCACUUCUUGAAUAUAAGGUUCUGAUAUAUUCGCCAGACGGAAGGUGCUUGUUCAAGUAUCUAGCUUAUGAAAGUGGGUUGGGUGUGAAAACUGUUGCUUGGUCACCAUGUGGACAGUUUUUAGCAGUGGGCAGCUAUGAUCAAGCAGUACGGACUUUGAAUCACUUGACGUGGAAAACUUUUGCGGAGUUCUCACAUGCAGGGUAUAUUCGUAGUCCUUGCAAUGCUGCUAUAUAUAAGGAAGUGGAUGACCCAUGGCAACUUGAUAUGUCAGAAUUAUGUCUAAGUGAAGGCCUCUCUCGAAACAUGCCAGACAAUGGUGCAGAAAAUGGCACCGAGGGAGGAGGCUCUAGAGUUAAAUAUGCUGUGAUGGAUGUUCCCAUCACCUUACCUUCGUUGAAACCAGCUUUUGACAAGCCUAACCCCAAACAAGGCAUUGGUAUGCUGUCAUGGAGCAGCGACAGCCACUAUUUCUUCACCAGGAAUGACAACAUGCCAACUGUUCUCUGGAUAUGGGAUAUAUGCCGCCUUGAGCUUGCCGCUGUGCUCGUGCAGAAAGAUCCAAUCCGUGCUGCAGCAUGGGACCCUACCUGCACACGCCUUGUUUUAUGCACAGAGAGCCCUCACUUGUACAUGUGGACGCCAUCCGGUGCCUGCUGUGUCAACAUCCCCUUUCUGAACUUCCGAAUCGUUGAUUUGAAGUGGAGCUCGAAUGGGAGCUGUCUCCUCCUGAAGGAGCGCGAAUCUUUCUGCUGUGCCACAAUCAUAUCUGCCCUGCCUGAGGAAGAACCUGAUCAUUCUGAUGAUACUUCUGAAGAUGAAUGAGUGGCCUCAUGGUAUGUCUAGCAGCUUAUGCGAAUGGAACUGGGAACUAACAGUACAAAUGAUCUUGUGAUGGUGAAUGAGUGACACUGACUGACUACUUAGCUACUUGUAGAAUCCAGAGUGGAUUGCGAUACCAUGAAUCGAUAAGGUCAUUUCGCUGCUUAGAUGGCAAAUGCUCUAUCACCAGGCACUACAGAAUGGACAGAGAACUGUGUGGUUCUAUUUGUUGUAUUCUUGCUCUUGUUUGUCUGUUGUAGUUUCUCCAAGGUUGUACUGCUUGACCUUACUUGUUGGAUCUUAAUCUUACAUAUCCAGUCACCAGGGUAUUUUC